ACUACUUAAGUAAGCUGACGACUAAAACAGCGAGAUAUUGUUGCAUAUCGGCACAAACGUUCUAGAUCAUUUACUUUUUUAAGCAAAUUUUUUCAAUGCGCGCAUGGAAGAGUUGAUUUUGCAUAUCAUUUGGCUAUAACUUUUGAUGGUAGUAGUACAUAGCCGUUCACUGUAGAGUAUUAACCAUGACAGGGAUCAGCACGAAACAUUAUGGUCAUUUAACUGGCGUCGUUGUGUUUUCCACCAUUGUUCUCGCCUUCUCCAUAUGGUUUCCGGCGGGUUACAGUGUUGUCCAAAUCAACAUCCCCCAAAACCUCAUUCUCAGCUGGAUCCGGCAAACACAGUGUGCUCGUUUAGGUGGGCGUAUAGAAAACAUCAGCAGCGCGGAACAUGGUGCUGAAGGGAGCGGUUUUGCGAAUCGCUCGAACUUGUGGUGUACUAUCAUCCCUGAAGAUGAAGUGUCGGGUCAGUUACGCGAAAACAGCCACCUGAACGCUGUAUGGGCCCUAAUCGGUGCAGCUGUUACACUGGGUGGGACAUUUGGCGUAUGGACCGCCAAUAUGCUGAUUGACCGGUUGGGAUUCCGUAGAAUGUUUUUCAUCACCAAUUUGUUCCUCACGAUCGGAGUGGCGCUGAGCUCGCUUGUGGUAGCCAUUGGAUCGUACGAGAUAUUUAUAAUAGGCACUGUAGGGCGCUUCCUUUUGGGUUUCGGUACUGGAUUCGGCAGCGCCAUCUCCUUUACGUAUAUCGCCGAAAUUACUCCGGCCAAUUUCCGUGGCGCACUGGGCGUGGCUCCGAUUAUUUCCUUUAGCAUCGGGAUGCUGUUGGCGGCAGUAUUCAGUCUACCCCAAAUCCUGGGAACUGAUGACUACUGGUCAUAUUUAACGCUGAUUUUGAUUGCCCCCUGUGUCUGCUUCUUCGCUUCGUACGCCUUCCUUCUGGAAAGUCCCCGUUGGGUUUUUAAAAAGUCCCACGAUGUCCAGAAGACUACGCAGAUUCUCCAGCGGCUGCGCAACGUAUUCAAUGUGCAAGCGGAUCUGCAGAUGAUUGAGGAGGAAAACCGUGUAGCUAAGGAAAAGGGCACCAAAGUAUCAAUUAUCGGGUUGUUCCGUAACGGCUUUCUCCGCUAUAACGUGCUGAUUUGUUGUACGGCUGUCAUUGCACAGCGGCUCACCGCCUAUCCAGGAGUGUACACGUAUUCGUCCAAUAUUUUCCGUCAGUGUGGCCUUUCAAAGGACGUUGCCGCUUAUGGAACUAUUGGUCUACUUGGACUGCAAGCGGCAUCUGCAGUCAUCGGGUCGCUGUUAAUGGAUAAAGCCGGACGGAAACCGCUGAUGCUAAUCGGAUUAUUCGGGUGCGCGAUGAGCUUGAUCGCCAUGGUGACCUUUGCAGCUUUAACAAGUUACCGGAUUUGUGUUGGGUGUGAGUAUGGAAAUUUAGCGGCAUUGUUCGUUUUCAUCAUGGUGUACGUUUGUGGGCCAGCUAGUGUUCCUUUUAUCCUGCCAGCGGAAAUGUUCGGACUACUGACCAGGCAGUCGGCCACCACACUAAUCAUGAUGCUGUGUCAAGGCGUAACAGCCGUCGUAUCCGCCGUCUUUCCGGUUAUGCAAGUGUACUUAUCGCAAUGGACCUUUGUAAUUUUUGCCGGUGUCACUCUGAUAUUGGCGGUAAUCCUGUCCCUGACCUUGAUGGAAACGAAGGGAAAGACCUUUCUUGAAAUUCAGGCAUCGCUGGAGAAACGUUAUUUUAGCGGGCACAGAAAACGUUAUAAUAACACUGCAGUUCCGAUUACAAUACCCAGUAUCGCAGACCUAAAAGCUUUACCACGAUCCAUCAGCAACAUGAGCACAAAUUCUGGAAUGAAAAGAUUGUACUGAUUGUUUUUUUUUUUAUUGCACAAAAAUUCAUUUGAACUAUGAUACAUAACGCACCACUGCGAAAUGGCUGUAUUUUCUUGUUAGCCCCAUUAUUUCAAAUCCUUCUUUACUGUGAUUGUUAAUCGCCUACGAGUAAUGUAUAUAAUUAUAUCUUACAGAUUGCGACUCGAUUUUUAGAAUUGUACUUGGUGUACUAGUUUGUCCAUUUAUUCAGUAUUGUAUGCUCAUA